UUGGGAAGCAGUACAGCUUGCUCAUCCGAUCCGUGUAGUUCAGAGAGAGUGUGUCAUGUUACAGAGAAGCCAGGAUCAGCCACAGUGCAACUCCAAAGCAGUUGAGAAUUACCUCUCUCUAAUGGGGACUUUCAUGUGCAAUCUCUUAACCACUCUGCUAAGGAACUGAAACUGACAAACCUAGAGGGAGAGGAAAAGAACAACAAACAAAAAAGACUGAAAGACACAAACUGAUCUGAUUAUUUUCCCCUAAACUUUUCUGGAGUUGGAUCCUUUCUUUUUUUAAAUCACUUUUUCCCCCUUUUUAUCCGUACAAUUUUGUUGUUGUUGUUAUAAUUUCUAUUAUUCAGUGGCAUUGGGAUUCCCUCGGACGCUGCUCUUCCAUGAAUUCUGGAUUGUUCUUCUUGGAGUGGGAUUGAAACUUUAUUUAUUCUAUUUAUUUAUUUAUUGUUUCUCAGGAGAGGGAGGGAAUGUUGGAGGAGAAGGGCUGGAAAGGUGCUAGCAAUGGUGCCUUUGACAGGGGGUGCAUUGCUCCCCCCAGGACAGGGGAUGGAGAAAGAUGCUGCAGGUUUCCUCUACUGCUGGGCUCUGGGCUUCCUGGGGUGUCUUUGAUUUCUCUGGUGCUGAGCCUCCUGCUAUACUUUAGGACAUCAGACCUGCAAUCCAGGGUUUCACAUUUGGAAGCAGACAGAUGCACUCAGCUCCCUGCCUGGCUCUCUGCAGACCAAAUGGAGACAGCUAUUUUGGGAAGAGUUGACCAACUGCUUGAUGAGAAAUUAAAGUUCAACUUGCCGAGACAUCGAGAAGUUCGAGAUACCCACCAGAGGUGUAACUGCCCAGCAGGGCCUCCUGGCCCUACAGGAAGACCAGGGCUUCCGGGAGACAAAGGCGCCAUGGGAAUCCCUGGAAGACCGGGACUAAAGGGGCAACCCGGAGAGAAGGGAACCCCUGGAGAAGCAGGCAUGUCCAUCAUCGGUCCCCGAGGCCCUCCCGGACAGCCUGGAACGAGAGGUUUUCCUGGAUUUCCGGGCCCGAUUGGUUUGGAUGGCAAACCAGGCCAUCCUGGACAGAAGGGGGAGAUGGGUGUUGCUGGUCCCAAGGGACAGCCGGGACCUCCAGGACAAAAAGGAGAAAAGGGCCAGUGUGGAGACUACCCACACAGGGAAUACCUAAGUACAACACUUGCAGCCCUGCGCUCUAAUCAGAUCCUUACACUAAAGGGUGAACAAGGACAGGCGGGGAUUCAAGGUCCGCCAGGGCCACCUGGUCCACCAGGGCCAACUGGACCAUCUGGAUCAGCAGGAAAUCCAGGACAACCUGGCCCAGUUGGGCCACCUGGCAAAGCAGGAGAGCCUGGAAAGGCAGGCAAGGAUGGAAAGGGUUUACCUGGAUCCCCUGGACCAAAGGGAGACCCUGGAAUUCAAGGAUACCAUGGGAGGAAGGGGGCUCCUGGAAUAGCUGCUGCAGGGAUGAAGGGAGAACCUGGAGUUGCAGGGAUGAUGGGCCCCCCAGGUUUGCCAGGGAAAAGGGGACAGAGGGGGGAGAAGGGAAGAGCUGGUGAUCCCGGACUUCCUGGAUUCCUAGGACAGAAGGGAGAGAAGGGAGAUGCUGGCAAUGCACUCGGGGGAGGUAAAGGGGAACCCGGACACCCGGGACUACCUGGGCCUCCAGGACCAAAGGGGGAAGCUGGUGACAUUGGCCAGACUGGCAUUGCAGGACCGCAGGGGGAAAAGGGAGAACCUGGAGCACCCGGAGAACAGGGGCCUGUUGGUCCAAGGGGUCCCAAAGGGGAGCCAGGAAAGGAUGAAAUGGUGGAUUAUGAUGGUAACAUCAACGAAGCUCUACAGGAAAUACGAACCUUGGCCCUGAUGGGACCUCCUGGACUUCCAGGAGUAGCUGGGCCCCCAGGGCUACCAGGACAGAAGGGUGAAAUUGGUUUACCGGGUCCUCCUGGACACGAUGGCGAGAAGCAAUGUAUUGACCUUAAAGGGCGUUGGAUCAGACCCCUUAGUGCUUUGCUGGACUGGGGUCAAAGUGCUCAGCAGCUAGCAGGAUAG